UACCGAAAAGGGGACUCAAGAAAUCUCUGUCAAAAAGACUGUUAAUGAUACAUGUGCAUUUUUAAAGCCUUGUGUAUUCUGCAAUGGCCAGCAUACUCUUGCUGAAUGUAGUAAAAUCAGAGAACGGCCACAUAAAGAAAGAAUUGACUUUUUAAAAUCUAAAGGUUUAUGUUUUCGCUGUCUCAAACAGGGGCACCUUGGUAAGAACUGUAAAGAAAGAAUGAAAUGUCAGACAUGUUCUUUUCAGCACCCAGACAUCCUGCAUAUCAAAAAAGAGAGUGGAGCAACAUCUAAGGCUACAGCCAGUGUGGCAACAUCUACUGAAAGGAAGACAGAGACUGGAAUUUGUACCUUCACUGGGGCCAGUGAAGAAUGCACACUGCAGGUAGUUCCUGUUAAGGUAAAAUCUAAGAAAAGUGAAAGGUAUGUAGAAACAUACACCAUUAUAGACCUCGGCAGUACAGUAACAAUUUGCACUGAGAGGCUCCAGAGACAAUUAAGUCUUCAGGGGAGAAGAACACAAGUAUUCCUCAAAACAAUGAGUAAUUAUGAUGAUGAUUCAAAGAUGCUAACCCAAUGUUCUGUCUUAUCAGAUUUACAAGUCUAUGGUCUCAAUGAUGUUGAAUAUAUUGAUUUGCCAAAGGUCUUUACACAGGUCUCCAUUCCAGUGAACAGAGAAAGUAUUCCACUACAAGAAGAUAUCGAUAAGUGGGCAUAUCUUAAAGAGGUACGUCUAUCUCAUAUUGACUCUGAAGUUGAUCUUUUAAUAGGAAUCAACUACCCAGAAAUCUUCAAGCAGUCACGCAUCAUACCUAGCCAAGGAGGUGGACCUCAUGCUAUGAAGACUGCACUUGGAUGGGUGGUUGGUGGACCAUACAAAGAGAUAGAUGACCUCACAAAACAAAGUGGUAAGCUGCCCAAACAUUCAAUCAAUCGUGUGUCAAUAACAGAGAUUGAAGAUAUGUUGCUGCAACAGUAUAACACAGAUUUUCCAGAGCGCAGCUGUCACAGGAGGACAUCAAUUAAAAUCAUGCGCUCAGACAAUGGAACAAAUUUCGUUGGAGCAGAAAGAGAGCUAUGAGAAGCUACUAAAAACUUGGAACAUGAAAAAAUCGGCAAUGCUAUGAUACAGGAAGAAAUCAAA